CGUUUCACUUUCAUCACCACGACGUACGUACGCUCCUGCUGCUAGGCUAGGUGCUAGCUCAGUGUCUACUUUCUGUACCGCUGCUUCUGUUGUUGUAACCAGAGGUGACACUAACUAGAAAUACUGGUAAACUUAUUUUGAGAACCGGUAACCGUUAAUCCAGAGCGUCUGACUGUCUGUGUCGGGCCGUCGCCAUGGCUCUGCAAGGCCCAGAGGAGCUGGGGGAGCAGGUCGAAGAGCCGGAGGAUCUGGACGAUCAGGACGCUAGUAGCAUCUCCCCGGCCGAGGAGAUAACGCUGCCUCCCGGGCCCGGAGGCGACGAGGAGCCGGAGGAGGCUCUCCUCCUGCCCUGGGACCGCUUCUCCGCCUGGCUGCACUGCAUCUGUGUGGUGGGCUUCGACCUGGAACUAGGACAGGCGGUGGAGGUUAUUUAUCCUCAUCAUUCCAAACUCUCAGAGAAAGAGAAAACAAGUAUCUGCUACCUUUCAUUUCCUGAUUCAAACUCAGGUUGCCUUGGCGACACCCAGUUCUGCUUCCGCUUCCGCCAGGGUUCCAACAGGAAGUCGUCGCUUGGCUGCUUCCUGGAAACCACCGACCGGGACGCACCGCCCUGUCUGAAGAGGGAACAGGGUCAUUACUACGGCUAUGUGUACUUCCGUCAGGUGCGAGACAAAUCCCUGAAGAGAGGAUACUUCCAGAAGUCUCUGGUCCUGAUCAGUAAGCUGCCCUACGUGACCUUCUUCCACUCGCUGUUGAAGAUCAUGGCUCCAGAGUACUUUGAGAAACAGGAGCCUUGUCUGGAGGCCGCUUGUAACGACAUAGACCGAUGGCCGACGCCCCAUCCCGGACGAAUCCUAACCCUGCCUAUUAUGGGCGUGGUCAUCAAGGUUCGUAUCCCAACCUGUUACGACAAACCAGGAACCUCACAGCUGGUCCAGUCCGCCCAGAGUGACAGUCUGGUGUCCAUCGUGCUCCCAACCAUCCAUGAAGUCGACCUGUUCAGGUGUUUCUACCCAGUUUUCUUCCACAUCCAGAUGCUGUGGGAGCUGGUGUUGCUGGGGGAGGCGCUCGUCGUGAUGGCGCCGUCGCCGGCAGAGUCAUCAGACACCGUGCUGGCACUGGUCAGCUGUAUCUCUCCUCUGCGUUACUGCAGUGACUUCCGGCCGUACUUCACCAUCCACGACAGCGAGUUUAAGGAGUACACCACCAGGACGCAGGCUCCGCCGUCAGUCAUUCUUGGAGUGACCAAUCCUUUUUUUGCUAAAACUCUGCAGCACUGGCCGCACAUCAUCCGCAUCGGAGACAUGAAGCAAGCAGGUGAGAUGGCCAAACAGAUGAAAGUGAAGAAACUGAAAAACCUCAAAACUCUGGACUCUAAACCUGGUGUGUACACUGCAUAUAAACCGUAUCUCAACAAAGAUGAAGAGAUCAUCAAACAGCUUCAGAAGGGUGUUCAACAGAAGAGACCCUCAGCGGCCCAAAAUGCAAUUCUUCGACGCUACUUCUUAGAACUGACGCAGAGCUUCAUCAUCCCACUGGAGCGGUAUGUGGCCAGUCUGAUGCCUCUCCAGAAGUCCAUCAGUCCCUGGAAGAGUCCUCCUCAGCUUCGACCGUUCAUCCAGCAGGACUUCAUGAAGACACUGGAGAAAGCUGGACCUCAGCUCACAUCCAGACUGAAAGGAGACUGGAUCGGACUCUACAGGCAUUUCCUCAAAUCUCCAAACUUUGACGGCUGGUUCCGCAACAGGAGGAGAGAGAUGACCCAGAAACUGGAGGCUCUGCACCUCGAGGCACUGUGUGAGGAGGAUCUGCAGCAGAGGAUCCAGAGGCACACUGAGGUGGAGACGGUUGAUCUGGUUCUGAAGCUAAAGGAUAAACUGACUCAGGCGGAGAGGGAGCAGCUCCCGGUGCGUCCAGGGACCCUGGCCAAACUGAGGGCCCACAUUGAGGCUGUCAUCCUGGCCUUACCAGAGGACCUGCAGGGCAUCCUCCACAAGCCCUCCUCACCCUGACCUUUAACCCCACAACUCUGCAACUCUAACUCCCAGUGUGAGCUUGUUUUCAAGUUUUGUGGGACGAGGGUAGUGGGUCUCCUCCCACAUGGUGCCCUAGUUGAGGGGCCCCCUGUUCUCUCAGACUGAGUCCCAGUUCAAGGACCUUUGCUUGGGUCUAACAUGGAGAGCACGUUGCAUUUUUGUUUUCCCCAAAAUAUACAUCCAAAUUCAGUUAUAUUUACUUUUCUUUCACCUCCAAACCAUGAGUCAGUGGACCAAACACGUCGCUUAUGUCUCAGCGAUCGGGUGGUACUGAGAUAACCAGCUGGAGCAGGCCAGAGCUGCCUGUCAUAAACUCCUCCAAAAGAAAAGGUAAAUAUCACGAGGAAUUUUUUCAUCACAGAGACGUUAUUAAGCAAAUAAAGGAGUGCUUGAGUCGUUCCUGAUUCACCAGAUUUUUGCUCUUUAACCACUUUAAAAGUCCACCUGAGCCCAUGGUUGCAGAAGGAUUUGUCAUCACCACAGAAGCAAGAGCAGGAAGACAACCCCAGCUGACCUUUGACCCCUGAGCAUUUUUACCUCUUGAUAUUUUUAAUUUUUACUUUUUUAUUUUUAAACUUGACAACAGACUGCUGCAGGCAGAACUGACUGUGGAGUUUUUCAUCCAUUUUUAAAAUAUGUUUUUUUUGUUUUUUUUUUCUUUUUUUAAAAGAAGUGCACUUCAUCGCUAACUGGACCAGUGUGCCCUUCACACACACACACACACACACACACACACACACACACUUUGACACAUUUAUGCAAACAAACUGAAUCGAGCAGAGCCAAGUAGUGCUUUACUAAAAUGUUGUCCAUGAAAACACACACACAGCAUUAAGCACCAGCGACCCUGUAACAACUGUCAAUGCAGUAAAAACGUGUCUCGUCUCGUCUGCUCAGGAGUAAAUCUCAUCCCUGUAUCCACGUCGUAACAGGAAAUAUUCUAAAUCUGUCCUGAAAUGUUGAGACGUCUUUGGUGCAAGUUGUCAUUAUAUUUGUUUUUUUUUUCUGAAUCCAUAAAUUUGUGUGUCACUGUUUUAUUUGAACUGCCUGACUCUGAGCUCGUCCUUGCUGGACUUUGAAACUGUGGAGACUAAUUUCUGCCAAGAAUGAAAAAAUAAAAAGAUGAAACGUUAGAAAUGUUAAAAAUACUCAUGGUAAAAUCAAAAUGAAGAGAUACUAAGUCAAAAUUCUGAGAUGUAAAGUUAAAGUUUUUAAGUCAAACUCAUGAUAUUAAUCUACUAAGUCCAAGCUUCUAGUUAAAAACUUUGAGGUAUUAAUGAAUUAUUAUGAGACAAAAACAAAGUCAAACUUUUGACUUAGUAUUUAAUAAUUUUGGUUUACCAAGAAUAUUUCUAUUGUUUCAUUUCUGACAUUUCAUCUGUUCUUUUUUAUUUUAUUAAAAUAACAAUGAGCUGUUUUAGUGAAACUUCUAUGAUUAACUUGAGCUCAAAGCAAUACUACUUUCCUCACCCUGGAAAGUUUUCACUCUACAGCAGCAACACAGGACAUUUCAAUUGUGAAACACUGAUACAUCUUAAUUUGGGAUUUAAAAAAUCAUUAUUUCCAUUUAGAUUUCUAAAUCCAGGGUGCAAAAGUCACCUAAUUAAAUUAAAUAUGCUCUUGGGUUAUUUUAUAUUUUUUGCUGUGUGUCAGUUUGUAAGAGCUGGUUUUUAUUUCAAAUGGUGGAAACUGAUUUUAUGACAAACUAUAAACUUCUUCAGUGACUUUAGGUGUUUAAACCAAGAAUCACACACAUAAACAGACUUACACUCACUGAUGUUAAACAGACGGUAAAGGCUGCUUUAUAUUUUGGAAUCUUUGAAUGAUAUAAAUUAUGCAAAACUGCAGUGUCAGCUACAGAUUUUAUUAGUCCACAAACAACAUCUUAUGUCUUAUGGGGGAUUGUUGUUGAGAAAACAGACCGUAUGAAAUUCGUCUCUGAAUGUAAAGAAAUAGUCACUAGACUUUUUUGUGAAAUUAUAAACAAGCCUUACAGUCUUUCAGGAGCUAACAAGCUAAAUCUUCAUAUAAUCACCUUAUAAAUUAUAUAUGUGAUUAUAAAUAAUCAUAUAUAUAUCAGUGUAAAUUUCCCCAUUGUGGGACUGAUAAAGGAUUAUCGUAUCUUAUAUAUACAGUAUGAUUUAUCAUAUGUAUCAAUCAUAUGUUCAAUUCAGCUAUUAGGUCACUCUGUUUCAGUUGUUUUGAGUUUUUUUUUUUCCUGGCAGAAGUGUACUUCCAUAGUCAAGUGAAAAGACAAACACCAGCUUUUUUGCUACUCCCACCUCCACACAACUGUAAGACUGAAGCUGAAAACAGAUACUUUUUUUUGUUUGUUUUUAAGUCCCCCAAUAAUGAGUAAAAAUGAUGGAUCCACAUGAUGGUGACUGCAGUGUCAGGCAGUGUUAGGAAGUUGUGUGGUGUUUUGUGUGUAUAUCUGAGAAAGUAAAAAAACCCAACACUACAGCUGGCAUUGUUUUAACUGAUAUUUCACAGAUAGAAACGAGUUGAUGAUUUGGGUUAAAAUGAUGCUGGUGCCUUAUUAGAAGAGGGGGAGCAGAACCAAAGUCUCAGUCUGAAGGAACGAAAACUGUUCCAAGAAGAGCAGUUCUUCUUUAACUGCUGCUCAAGACCUAACGUUUAUUCUUUUUUCUUACGCUAGACUAAAUGUAUUCUGCUCAGGAUUUCUUCCUUUCAGACAAAAAAGUUCUGAAGUCUGUUUUAAGUGUUUUCUGCUGAGCAAGCGAACUAAACAGAUGCACUGUCAAACUAAAUUAGAAAUGACGACCGUUUAGAUCUAGUGAGUGAAAUACUCCAUGUCAAAUAAAGAAACCGAACAAACGUACUCAGUUCUAACAAAGGUAAGGUAGGGUGGCAGUGCUGGGUCUGUCAAAACACGUUUUUUAAUGCAGAUUUUUUUCCAUGUUUUGGAUGAUUCAGUAAAUUGAGCGUGUGACUUUUGUCACUUAUUAAAAUUGAAAUGAACAAAUCUUUUCUACCAGCCAGCUAACAUUUUAUAUUUUGAAGCUGAAGGGACAAAACAUCUGAGUGGUCCCUUGAAAAUAAGACAAUUCAUCUCAAAUGAAUUCAAGAACAUUCCUGGACACCUGACAUGUAAACAUGAACGAAACCAUAAUAACAACAAUGGCAGCAAUAACGGUUUUUACAGGUCAUUUAAUUUAUUAUGGUAAUUUGUUUUUUCAGAGUUUACUCUGUUUUUUCUGAAAGUGUAGUUAGUGGUUACAUGCAUCUGCACAUGAAGUUAGUUGAUGUUUGCUUUACAAAAUAUUGCUUGUUUGAAAAUGUUAACUUCUCGUCAAACGUAUGGAUUAUGGUUUUAUUUUGGUAAUUUUCUUUUAAGCCAUUAUGUAACACAUGUUUAUGAAUGCUUUGAAAUUUGCCUUUUUUUUGUCAAGCAGAAUAAUUGUAAAGAAAAAUAACAAAAAAUAUGUGCUGGUUGGAAAAACCUGUGACAUCUGGUUGUUGGGCAACCAUGUAAGUUUUAUAUUUGUUAAAAGAAAACACAUCUUAUUUUAACAAUUUCAAAUUUUUUAUGGAGGGCUAUUCUCAUAUUCCACUCUGUAGAGAAUUGAGAGUUUUGUACAUAAUGGUGUAAAGUGAAAUGCUGGCCCCUGAUAUGAGGAUGUACAAUAAUUAUUUUGCUACUACAACAGAUGUCUUACUAAAUACAGAGCUAUAAAUAAGAAUUUCUUCAUAUAAUGUUCAUUUAUCCUAGAGUAAUUUACAAUGUUUUUGAGACACUUUGACAUUUUGAAUUUGUAGCUUAUUUCCUAACAGACACAUUGGGAUCAGAAAGUUUUAACAUUUCUCAUCACUGACCUUGUCAAUUACCAGUUUGAUUAAUAAUUAAUAACUAUUUUACUUUAUACCUGUUUAUUGGUGUCAGUGACCAAUAACAGUGGAUACUCAGAAAACAAAUUAUAAUGAAAUUAAUAGACACUAUGAUAAUAAAUAAUUAAGGGAAAAGCCUGUUUAAGUCUGUCUAGGGACCGCAGGUGGAACUUAUCUAACUAAAUGUGGUACAAUACAUCUUUUUGUGUUAGAUGAAUGUUUUUUGUACAUGGUCCCUGACAAAUACAUCUGAUAAACUAGAUUAUGUCAGCUAUGGAAAUGAUGAAGGUACAUUUAAGGACAGACAUAGUUAAGGUUUGAGAACAACUUGUGGCUAUGGUUAAAAAAAAUAAACAGUAUUUUCGUGAUCUGACGGAUGUAGUAAACAGUUAUAUCUGCUCAUAGCAAGAUUAGAGUUUAUUAGAAACCAUUUAUAACGCUAAAUAGAGGGACUUUAAGUCUUACUACAUCCAGCAAAGAGAGUAGAGCAGCAUGAUGGAUGGAAAUGUUGGAUUCAAACAUUUCUUUUCUCUCUCUCUUAAAACAUUUUAUCUUCAAAAGCAGACAGAUGACAUCAAUGAGAUCACAAAAAGGGCUACAUUAGCUUCAAAAUGUAAUGCUAACGACUUUCAAGUGCCAAAAUCUUUGACCCAUCCUAUAUUAAGUGUCUGGGAGGAAAAUAAUAAGAUGCUACAAGUUCAAAAAGUCAACGUUAACAAAACCAGCACAUUAUGUUGUACAGCUACACACAUUUUACUUUAUUGACACAGUCACUAUUUUUGUUUUUAUUAACAACCAUAGCCACUAUGCUCAACCACUCUGAUAACCUGAAGGACUAUGGUUUUGAUAAAGUAAUGACACCAUAAGGAAAAUGAUGAAGAAGUUGUUCUUUAUUGAACUUUUUCCACACGAUGGCCUACAGUUAUUGUUUUUUGUGAGCAAAGAUGUCGACCACAAUAUUACGUUAACUUUAUUGUAAGUUGAACCUUGUUUGAAUGUACUCACUGCUGAGUAUUUUCAUGACAUUGUUUACUUUUCACAUAACAUUUCAGCUUCUGUCCACUGUUUUUUUUUUUUUUUGUUAUUGUUUUCUGUUUUUCUGAAGAACAGCUGACACUAA